GGCCAUCGUAGUCUGCAAAUUCUCGUUAGAUUCUCGUUUAUAGUGACGAGACUUUGCCGCGACUUGAAUGUGGCGGGAUUCUUGAAGAUCAACAAUUGAUGUCAAUCGAUGAAAAUGUCGAGUUGGGAUGAGUUACACUCUGCAUUUGGUGCAGAUGAAACUAUAAACUUUGGACCCCGUUAUGAGACUGGUACUGCUCUGUACCAAGUUAAUACAUUUGCGACACUAUCAUCCGGCAGCAAUGAGGAUAGUGAAUCAUAUCCUCACGUGGUGUCUGAAGAGUUGGGUGAUUUAUUUUGUGUUGCUGUCAACAACAAUUUGUUUCUCUUUGUGGACUGCCAGUUUACCACGUCUCUGAAGUUUGACGUCUUCGUUGAUGCUUUGAGAUAUUGUCCCGAUGGUUCUUUUCUGAUUGUUGGGGACAAAAAAGGUAUUAUCUACAUUGUCGACACAGACAGCUCGGAGAUCAUCUUUACAUUUAACCUUCUAGCUGGUAAGAAGAUAUCUGGAGAUCAUGCUUUUAGAAAAAUAAUAGUAAAAGAAAAUACAGACUGUCAAUGGAACCUGCUUAUUUUAUUAUCUACCGGUGAACUGUUGAUCUUUAAAGACCUCAACAAAGAUUUCUUUGCUUCUGGAGAAGACCUUGCAAGCAAACUUUACAAGAAAUUGGCUUUCCGUUCUGAAACCUCUGAAAUACAUCAAAAUGGUGCCACAGAUGUAAUUGUAGCAAAUAAGAAUAUUAUUACAGCAGGCAAUGGUACAACUGUUUUAGCCAGAUGGAUUUGGAAAGACGACAAAUUGAAAAUAACUGACGAAGUGGAAAAUGCACUGCUAAACAAUGUUGGUAUUAAGUCUAUUCAGACAACGUUGAAUGGGAAAUAUCUCUUCGUUCUUGAUAAAAAUGAAACUCUGAGCCUGUGGGAUGCCACUUCUUUGAUUCUUUUAGAAACUUUCUCAAACUUGGCUGUGAAAGGAUUCAACAUUCUUGAUACAAGUACUUUAUCAAGCUCAAGCCUCAAAAAUAUUCGACUUGUUAUACUGAAGAAAGAGAAACCCGGGGAAACGUUUCUAGAAGUACGACAGCUGCCUGAUUUUGAAUGUAUCUACCAAUUAAAACUAGGUGCAGUCGUUGAGCUCACUCAAUCAAAUCCUACCCAGGAGAAUUUGAAUAUUGUCGAAGGCUGUACAGAUCUGAUAAGUCCUGAGAGUUUUGAAUCCUUGCGAUUUCGUGUCAUAACAGAAAGUGAUGCAGAAACGCGGUUUCAGACUUUACUUCGUAAGAUGCGCUUUGAAGAAGCCAAGAAUUUUGCUGAACAGUAUGGCCUUGACAUACAGUCUCUCCACAAAGCUCAUUUAAGGCAUAUUUUAUAUAUGCUGUCUCCAUGGAGAGAAGACACUGUUGACAAUAAAAAAGAACUAACGAAUAAACUAUGGCUCCUUCUCAAGCUUGUUAAAGAUGACCAUUUUGUUGUGCAACAUUGCCUCUCUACAAGUUUGACCACUUUCUCAGACACACACAAAUUACUAGAGUACAUCAAGUUACGGUUGACCAACAAAGCAGCCAACGAAAAGACAGAAUUAGACAACACUCUCUUAAAUAAAGUGAAGCAGGUGCUCUUUCGUUUCUACACUUUCUGUUUUGCACUUGGUCGUAAAUAUUACAAAGCAGAAGUAUGGGAAGAGUUCAAGAAGGCCGAUUUCUUUCACAAAAUAAUCAACUCUUUCCGUGACAAAUUACUUCAUGUUGCAUUUACAAUUUGGAGAAGGCACCAUCAUGAAAUUGUGAAGCUGCAUUCUAUUGACUCCCUGGAACUGUUGCUAAACAGUGUACCACUCCAUGUCAGCAUCACCCAGCUGCAGGCAUGGUUACUGGAAGAUUUCAUCCCGUACGUUAUCAGACUGAUGCCACGUAGUUUGAAUGUGCUCACGUCCUGGAUCAUCCUGAAAAUAAAAAACAUGGAAAUUUAUGAGAAGGCUGAAUGGCCAUCAAAUGCUCUGUGUGUGAUGGAAACUUUCUACAAGAAGUUUACCAGUUUGUUAAACGUGUCCUCUGACCAGUACAUGUCAACACCUUCUGAGACAGCUCUAAAGACAUACACCAACGUCAGGAUAACUUUAACCCCGCUGAUCAACUUAAUCACUGUGUACCGCCAGCUGGAAAGCCUUUAUACCAAGUACAACUUUAAAAUGACAGCUGCAGGUUUUGCACAGGAAACUACUGAGUCGGUUGUCUUUCGGAUGCUGGAUCGCUUGGUGGCCAUAGAAUUGAUGGACAAAACCCUCAAGGAAGUUAUCCACCCGUAUAUAAAAGAAUACCAACUCAAUGAGGAUGACAUAUUCUGCAAAUAUAUUAGAGAUCUUCUAGAACGAACUCACUGCGUCAACUAUCUUGGCCAUGCACAUUGGGAAUCGAAAGCUUUGGCUGUCAUCGGUUAUAUUUCUGAUGUAAAAUUAAAGAUUUCUGCUGUGCUGGAAGUCAUUAAAUGGGCACCAAUUCCAUGGUCUGAUGGUAUUCGCACACUAGUAGACAAUACUACCAAACUAAGGCAACCAGAAGUAGAGUCCAUUAAAAUACAUGCCAAGCUUGUGGAGCUGAAGUUGCGUCUUGCAAGAUAUGAUCUGAAAGGAAUCGAUGUUCCCACUCCAAACACAGAAGAAGCUCUGCAAUUCGCCAAAUACAUUCUCCGCAGAGAUCUGCCUGAAAGUAUGGAUGAUGCUCUACAUAUUUUGAAACCAGCUGACAACUGUAUGAAAAGAGAGCUCUAUGUUUUCCGCUUGAGACAGUAUAUGGUGAAAGAUAAGUUGAAAGAAUGCUUUGAUCUGCUGAAGUCUCUGGAACCAGAAUUGUCCAAAUCUUGUGCUCAACGGCUCUUGGACUACUGUAUUAUUGAUUUGGAUGAAGAACCGAUUUUUGAUGAGGCGAAGACAAACCAAAGCAAAAAAUUGGCCAUUGCAACUGGAAAAUGUUUGAUUGAAUGCCUAAAACUGCUCACAACAGAUUUCCUUGAAACGGAGACUCUUGCUGAGCUUAAAAAAGAUUUCGGGCAUCUACAAUCUCUGCAAGUUGAGUUUCACUUGUAUCCCUCCUUUCACAAAUUUCAAAAGCCUCAUUUCAGAGAGAUGAUAUUGUGGGAUUACAUCAACACAACUCUACCAGAAUUUAACAUGGAACCUGAAAUGGAAUGCAGGUUGUGCAGACUUGCUGAUAUCUUGAAAAUUCCUCAAAUAGACUUCCUUUCCCAAAUGAUCAUGAAGGCAUUUCAGGGGAAAAAUAAUAAAGUCUUCCUUCACCUAUGCAAGAAACUUCUAGAGUGUGAAGUCUGUCCUAUAACAGCCGAGACCCUUUAUGAUCUGUGCAUGUACCUACUGGAAAACUUAGCUGACACUGAAUCUGAUGGAGAGGAUUUUGAAAAAGAGAAUGUGCAGGAUGAGUACAAUUUACCUGCCAUGAUUUACAGACUAAUCAGCUUAGCUCUAACUUACUGCCAUCCAACUUCUCUCACCAAAUUCGUCCACUUAGCAAAGACUGCCCGACUUGCUGCAGCAGCAAUUCAACAAACCUACAUGGUUGAGGACAUGUCUCUACCACAUGCCUUGAAUAAAGACAAUGCUGCCACCUCAGACUAUUGCAAAUGGAGUUUAAUUCCUGAGUUUAAAGAAAAUUGUUUCAUUAUGGAGUCAUCUGCCCUUGUCCCUUUGAUUGCAAAUUCUGUUCAACUUGAUCCACUUCUAAAGAAGAGAUUCAUUCCCCCUACACCUCCUGCUAGUGACACCGAGUCCGCAGAGGCUGCUGAUAAUUAUAUGAAAGAGUACUACAGUAAGGUGCUACAAGAGUAUACCAAUACAAUACCACCGUUAGUGGACUAUCUCAAACUUAACCGCAACUUGGAACUUGUCUACCAAUAUUCUAUGCAUUCCUUCUUUACUAUUGUGGAAUAUUCCGUCUGCUACACUGCUGAUGUCACGUUAAUUAAGCAGGGGAGUCAUGAUAUCAAAGACAUAAUGAUGAAAUAUCUAAACCAAAUCAAAGGCACAAGUCAACAUAAGGAAUUGGUGAUCCAUCUCCUUCAGAAGGUGUUCAGCCAACGUAAUGUGGACCACAGGUACGCUCUUGGUUUGGCCUGGAGUCUCCCGAAGAAUAUUUUGAGUGUUUUGAAGAAAAUGCGAAAAGAUUUCAAUUACCGAGGACAAAUGGCCAUGGCUAAAGUAGGAAAUGCUUUGGCUGUCCUUCACAAAGAACAUGAUGAGAUUGCAAAGUGUACAGAACUUGAAACCAGUGCGUACUGGGGGUAUCAGCUUGGAAAAUACAAGAUAUGUUUCAAAGAUGCGUUCCAUGGCCCACUAAAUGAGAAAUACAAAGUUCUACAGCAAAUGGUAGGCUGCAGUGCCAUUGAUACUGAAGUCAUCAAAAAGUUCUGCAAAGAUUUCGAAAUUGAGGAAACUGAUGGCUUGCUGUUGUCCUUGAAAUAUUUAAUCAAGAACAUUUCUGCCUCCUAUACACAGUUGUCUACCUUCAGCGCUUCCCAUCAUCACCACCAGCUGACAAGAGUGCUUAAAAUUAUACGAAGCGUGAAAUCAAAAUCAAGACUUUUUAAAGAACUCACACAAUUGAUUAAUUUGGUCAAUACGUAUGACUACGAAACUCUGUCGCUGGUUCUUGAUGAAGCCUUCAAGAUUGAGGAGAAUUCCUUCCUUGAUAAGUGUAAAAAAGUGCUGGACUGGUUGAAGAAUUACAAGAGAGCAGCUCCCAUUUCUGACUAUGAACUGCAUUUCUGCACAGAAGGAAUUCAGGAGAAUCUUCAAUAUGUUAUUGAGUGCUUACCAUCAAGCAGUGCAACAAGACUGGCCUUUCACUCCCUCUUUGGUGAACCUUGGCAUAUUAUUUCCAAGGAACUUGAUGUCAAUAACGUUCAUGAAUGGUUACUUCUGUCACACAUCCUGAAGCUCUCCCCAGAUCAAUUGCAUGCAGUUGCCCUUCAAAACACCAUCAAGGUUUAUGUGUCAUCUUUAGGGGACAGCAAAAAUGCCAAUACUCUCAAGGAGAAGAGUAGAUGGGAUCCUGAUGAAAUAAACAAAGACAUGAUGGACACAGUUAAAAAUAUUCUUACAAAAAUUCAAGACUUGGAAUCCACCUCAGCCCUAGCUACCUACAUCAUGAAAGAACUGCCUAUUGGGGCUGAGAAAGUAUUGGCUCUCAAGUUCUGUGUUUCUUUUACUGAGGAAUGGCUUCAGGCAGAAAAAGAUCCCUCAAAUUACAAGAAGGCCAAAACUGCUUACCUCAAAUUUAAGAGUCUCUAUGAAAGAUUAGCCAAUAAACAAGUGUUGUUCCUCUACAAACUGGCCACCCCUGAAUUACUUGAUUUGUGCUGUGAACCUGAGAAGUUGAUAACUGAACUCUAUCAACAUCCAUCGAUUUUGGACUCUACUUUACCUGAGCAUCUACGUCCUGAUAUCAACGGCAUGGCAGAACAGAUAGCAUCCAUCCACCAGUUGACCAUUGAAGAUCUGAAGGUCAGUUUAGUCUGUGAAUGGUUAGAAACUAACAAGACCGAAGAUGUUGAUAUGACAAUGACACUUGGUUUUGGUAACAUUCAUCUCCUGGAACACGACAACAAACAACUAGACGGUGACAAUUUUAAACGUGUUGCAUACAUCCUCAGGAGUGGAGACAUAAAGCACAAUAUAGCCUUUCUACUUGGUUACUCUGGAAAGCCUAAAAACUCAGUAUCAAUGUCAAGUGUGUGCCAACUUAAGGCCCUCCUCUGUAUGUUUGACGUGGCAUCAAUAGAGGAAAUUACCAAAACCACAUCCAUGACUCUUGAAGAGAUCAGGAGAUUAAUUCAAAACCAGCUGUAUAUUGUCAACCUGGAGAAAUUGAAUAUUGGCAUGACUCCCAAGGGUUUUGAAGACUGCAACAAGGAAAAACUUGCUAAAAGCAUUUGGAAGAAUCAGAGCAAUGGCAAAAUGGCUCAGGAAGCGGCCAUUAUAGUUAGUUCCUUGUGCUUUGAUUACAAAAUUUACAGCUUUACUAUGUGGGAAGCUAUCCUUGCCAAAAUGAAAAAUCUAAAUAUGAUGAAAGAGCUUGAAUAUAUUCUACUGCGUAUUAUUGAGAUCCCAUCACUUGAUGUGCUACCAUCGUUGCCUUCAGCCUGGCAAACCAUCAUUGUUUCCAUUUUGAAUAAAUCCUCUGUUAAUACUGAUGAGGAACGAGAUGAAUGCCUACAUGCUUUCAAUCUAAUUCAAAGAUGUCCUGAUGUCCUGUCUUUGGACCUUGAUCUACUUGCCAAGCAUUUCCACCGUUUAGGGCUUCCUGUCUGCGCCAUUUCUUGCCUCCUCAUGUCGGCUGUCCUUAACAACAAAUUACUUCAGAGCAUUCUUUCUAUUGGUGCCAAGAAGCUGUUCGAUUCUUUCCUAUUAACAAGAACCAAAUGUAUUGCUUCUGCCAUUUCUUAUGAGGUCAUGCUGUUGAUUUUCCAGUUAAUAAUGGAAGAAAACUUGAGUCACAUUGUGGAGAAGUCUCCUUAUAAAGAUGCCUAUCAUGAAUACGUCCAACUGAAUCAGAAUGGUCUGGAGAAUGGCAUAAGUCAUUGAAGGCUUUCUUGAGUGAAGUUUGUCUUGUCUCUCGUCUUUCAACAGGCGUUUGUAUGUUUUGUUAGAACAAGUGUGUUGGUGUAUGUGUAAUGUAUUUCCUAUAAGAACAAGUUGAAGAAAUUGGAUCAAAUUUGAACCAAGAAUCUCUGGUUGGUGUGCAUGUACUGAUUAUGUAUAUAUGUGUGUGUAUGUGUAUAUAUGUCAGUAUCUUUUGAACUGCUCAGUAGGGGGAACAUAAACUAACCAGCACCAAUUCUCAGGUGGUAAUGGACUGAGGCACACACACACAUGUGUAUGUAUGUGUGUGCCUCAGUCCAUUACCAUUAAUAUUGCUGUAAUUAAGAGUUCCAAACAGUUCAUCUUCAAGGUUUGUGAUGUCAAGGGAUGAGUGAUGGGGAGAAAGUCUGAGAGAAGUAUGUGCCUUCAUAUUUGUUUUGUAUCCCCUGUCAAUUAUUCCAACAGAGAGAAAUCAAAUCUCUUAUCUUUCCUUUCCCUUUUUCUUAUCAUCUCAACCCUGAAGAGUUUCUUUGAAACAUCAGAAAUUCCAUUUUCUGAGGUAAUAUUAUUUUACUUUUCCUAUCUAUGUGUGCAUAAGCAUGUGUGUGUGUGACCCUUUCCCCCUCCCCUUCUUUAUAUUCUCAUUAUUAUAUCUGCCUGUCAAAUCUGAUUCUUGUUUCUGUAUCUGCUUGUCAGUCUCCCUUGAGCGGAAUUGUUUAAAAACCUACUUUUCUCAUUUUCCUUUGAAGAACUGUCAGAGUGAAAACUGGUUGGAAAUCAAUGUAAAAAUAUUUAAUAUAUCUGAAUAAAAUAUGAAAUCUAUUA